AUGAUUAUACUUUUUAAUGAAAAUUGUCUUUCGAUGAUUCAAAAUGCAGCCACCUGGGUUUGUGAUGGUACUUUUAAAUCAGCGCCCAGUGGUUUUUCUCAAGUUUUUAUCAUUCAUUUUUCUUACCAUCAAGAAUUUAUGCUUUUACUAUAUGUAUUAUUACCCGGAAAAAGCCUUUCGGAUUACAACAGAAUGAUUUGCGAAGUAAAAAGUUUGCUUUUAAACCAGUUUAAAAUUAAGAAUUUAAUAUGUGAUUUUGAAAUUUCAAUC